CUCGUCCCGUUCCAAGGUUCGUUCCCCAUGCUCGUUCAUCAUAAUCUUCUUUUUCUUUCCGUUUCAAUAUAUGGCUCGCUUGUCGUGUGAAAAUAAUGAACAAACAAGUACGUCAGUGUAAGGAUAAUCGUCGAGCAAUACGCAAAAUAUUGUAAACUAUAUUCCUCCCCUGAUGAUGGUGUCGGGUGAGAAUGGCACGUGUGCUGAGUUCUAGGGCACAUGGGGGUACGAGGCCAGAAAGGGAAGACCUAGUGGCCCACGACAACACACCGUCAUCCCACGGAUAUCCUAAGAGUAUCAUGCAUGGACGGGGGUGGCAUCCCCAAGAGGGCUUCGCUGCAGCAGAGUGUGACGUGGAGAACACAUUUAGAGAAGCUGUGAAAGCCUGCUCCGAAACAUUUUCACAGGAAAGUCUACCUGGACCACCACCUGUACGAAGAUUAUUGAGUAAUGAAGAUCACGAAAACUACUGCAGUGGUCUGGAACACUUGGAGCGUUGCUUGCCUGAGAAACUCGAAGGAAAAGGAUGCGAAGCUGAGAUUCGUCAAUAUUUUGAAGCGGCGAAGCAGAAGGCAGAAGAACGGCUUGGAACAUCCAAGUGCCACAACAGCAGCAUUGCUGGACGAAUGAUGCAUCCCAUAUGGCUUCUGGCAACACUGGUCUCCGUAGUGUCGACGAUGAAGAUCGCAACAUUUUAGUAGGAAAGUCGGCCAACGGCUUGUCGGUUGUGCUGCCUUCCGUAGUCAAUUUGCGCAGAGUGUGAUUCAGAGAUGCUGAAGUUACUUUUUAAAAGUGUAGAGUUACAGUUACAGAUACCCGUGGGAGAAAAUACACUGAUACAGAUAUUUCCAAUACUGCACUCGGUACUUUUACGGUUACUUUUUCCAUGAAACUGAUUAGGUUGAUUUUGAGAGCUGUUAUUUGUGACAUUACGGUUAAUAAAGUAGAUUAGUUGGGUCA